CACUUUCAGUUUCAUUUCUUCCUUCUUCUCUCAGCCAUGGCGUCUGCUGAUCUGAAAGACGAGCUGCUCUGCUCCAUCUGUUUAUGUAUUUUUAAGGAUCCUGUAAUGCUGAGAUGUGGACACAACUUCUGCCGGGUCUGUAUUGAUCGUGUACUGGAUACACAGGACGAGUCUGGGGUUUAUACCUGUCCUGAAUGUAGAGAAGAGUUUCAGGAGCGGCCUGCACUGAUGAAGAACAUAAAUCUUCAUAAUGUAGCUGAACAUUUCCUGUUUACUCAGCCAGAUCCAGUGGAGAUCAGCGGGAUCUUGUGCACUUACUGUGUGGACUCUCCUGUACCUGCUGUUAAAUCCUGUCUGAUGUGUGAGGCUUCUCUGUGUGAGAAGCACCUGAGAGUUCACAGCAAGUCAUCAGAACACGUCUUAUCUGACCCCAGCACUUCUCUGGAGAAGAGGAAAUGUUCUGUCCAUAAGAAGAUCCUGGAGUAUUACUGCAUCGAGGACUCUGCUUGUAUCUGUGUGUCCUGCAGUUUGGUUGGAAAACAUAAGGGACACCAGGUGGAGAUGCUGGAUGAGGCCUCUGAGAAGAGGAAGGGGAAACUGAAAAAUAUUCUCCAGAAAAUGACUGCAAAGAGUGAGGAGACUAAGAAAAGAGUCCAGAACCUGGAGGAACGCUGGAGAAAAGCACAAGAAAAAGCAUCUGGAGAAGCAGAGAGAGUCACUGUCCUGUUUACAGACAUCAGGAGAAGACUGGACGACCUGGAGAAGAGGGUCCUGAGUGAGAUCUCUAGGCAGGAAAAGGAAGAGUCACUCUUACUCUCUGCUCUGAUGAAAAAGAUGGGAAUAAAGAAGGACGAGCUGUCCGGGAGGAUGAGACACAUUGAGGAGAUAUGUAACAUGACUGAUCCACUGACUGUCUUACAGGAACCAGAUACAGGUGACUUGUGUGAUCCUGAGGAGGAAGGAGGUGAUGAAGACAUAAAUAGAUGUCUCCAUGAUGUAGAUGAUCUGGAUGUGGCUGUGAUCUCAGACAAAUUACAUACAUUAUGUGACAUAAUAACAGAUAUAAGGAGAGGGAUCUAUGUGGAGGGUCCUGCAGACAUAUUACUGGAUAUAAACACAGCUGCUAAUAAUGUCCUUAUAUCAGACGACCUGAAAACUGCAACAUUUGGGGACCCACAUGGAGAAAGUGUCAUGGAGGAGACGGAUGAGAAUCAGGAGCUGCCACUGGAGGAGAAAGACCAGUCCGUGGUGGAGAAGCAGAAGGAUGAUGAUGAUGACGACACUGGACACAAUGAUCAGUCAUCUCAGUGGGGUGGAGCUGAAAGAACUGGGUGUUCAGGCACACUGGCCAGAAUGGAUUCGUUUGACCCCCAUGAAGAAGGAAACUCUAUUAAUUUUGGAGUCUUCUGGAAGAACAAACUGCUGUACAAUCAGCGAGAAAAUCGGAAGAAGUUAAAAUCCUUGAAUGAUGUUUUAAUCAAACUCGUGAUGAUAUGGCCAUGUAAAAUGUACGAGGCAGAGGUAGAUCAUCAGCUGAAGAACGGUACUUGUUACAAGAAACUUACUUUCAAUCUGUUUGUCUCUUUCAGUACACUUUUACAAGAACUGUUGGACAUGGCUAAGAAUGAUGGAAUCAUUCCACAACAUCUUUAUGAAGCAAGAUGGAUUCAUGAGCACACAAUCUCCACUGUAUCUUCUACCAAAGGUCCUUAA